AUGAAUCUCAACAACAAUAACAGUAACAAUAGCCAACAACCUAAUAAUACUAGAAAUACAAAACCUAACUUAAAUUCCCUUUCUCAUUCAUCCAACAACAUACUUGAUACCAAUAUCAUAUAUUAUAAUAAUAACAAAAAUACCACCACUAAUACUAAUAAUGCUAAUAAUAAUAAUAAUAAUAGCACCAUGAAUACUGAUAUUAUGAGCUCUAAUGACGGAUAUAAUAACUUGCAACAAAAACGGCAAAUACAAACAAAUGGCACUUCCAGCAAUCUCGCUACAAAAGCAACAAUUAGAACUGAUUCAAAACAACAACAGCAACUAUUUUUAAUGGCAGGCAAUAACGUUUUUUCCAUUGGUCCAUAUAAAAAACGUAAAGACGCUAGUAGGAUUUCUGUUUUAGACAAGUAUGAAAUUAUAGGAUAUAUUGCAGCAGGAACAUAUGGUAAAGUUUAUAAAGCUAAAAUGAAAAACAUUAAUAAUACUAAAGAUACAACAGUUCUAUCAAACCAUAUUACUAGUUCUGAUACUGCUGAUGCCCUUCAAUCUAAUAAUGAAAACAACAAAGUUAGCCAUAUUACUCGUGCGAACAACUCAUUGGUCGAAAAAAAUACCAUUUCUAAAAGUGAUGAAUUGAUAAAUACUUCAAAUACUAUUAAUAAACAGAAUCGCAUAGAUAACUUAAAACUAGACAAUAAUAGCAUUACUAAUACCGACAUCGUUGAUUUAACAGUAAGUGAAGAUCAAGAAAGCAUAUCAAUUGCCAAAAAGAGUGGUGGCUGCACGCCCAAUGAGAAGGAUAUUAUAACAAUAGAUGCUAAUAUUGGAAACACAUCGUUAACACCAAAUAAGAAUUUAAUGAACAUUAGUGCGAAAACAAGCGUUGAUGAUAACAUUAGAAAUACAAAUUAUAGGAGAAAUUUAAACUUUAAAACGAACAAUAAAACAAAUUCCACUUUAACGACGAUUACUGAUGUCAUUACUAAACAAGCGCAUACCAAAAAAAAUAGCGGUAGUGGACCCCAUGUAAAUACUGAAACUUUAAUCAACAGCACGAAUUUGCAACCGCAGAUGCAAACGGUACAACAAGCUAAGCCUCAGCCGCAAUAUUAUGCUAUUAAAAAGUUUAAAACUGAUAGAGAAGGAGUUGAGCAAUUGCAUUAUACAGGUAUAUCGCAAAGUGCUUGUAGAGAGAUGGCAUUAUGUAGAGAGCUAGAUAAUAAACAUUUAACUAAAUUGGUGGAAAUUUUUCUAGAAAAUAAAUCUAUCUACAUGGUUUCUGAAUUUGCAGAGCAUGAUUUGUUGCAAAUUAUUCAUUCGCAUUCUCAUCCAGAUAAAAGACUGAUACCACCAAGAAUGUUGAAGUCUAUAAUGUGGCAAAUUAUAGACGGUGUUUCCUAUUUACACCAAAAUUGGAUUCUUCAUAGGGACUUAAAACCUGCAAACAUUAUGGUUUCUGUUGAUGGUUGUGUUAAGAUCGGUGAUUUAGGUUUAGCUAGAAAAUUCAAUAACAUGGUUCAAACGUUAUACACUGGGGAUAAAGUUGUUGUUACAAUAUGGUAUAGAGCACCUGAGUUAUUAUUAGGGGCAAGACAUUAUACCCCUGCGAUUGACAUGUGGGCUGUUGGUUGUAUUUUUGCCGAAUUGAUUGGAUUGAGACCGAUUUUUAAAGGAGAGGAAGCUAAAAUGGACUCUAAAAAAACAGUUCCAUUUCAAUCGAACCAAUUUAAAAAAAUAAUUGAACUUUUGGGCACUCCCACCAUUAGCACAUGGCCUGACAUUAGGAAGUACCCUGAAUUUGGUCAAGUUAACAACAGGUUUCCGCACUAUGAAAAUAAUCUACUAACAUGGUAUCAAUCAUGUGGUGGUAAAGAUAGAUGGGCAUUUGAUCUAUUGGUUCAAUUGCUUAGAUAUGAUCCAAUUACUAGAAUUGAUGCUAUAAAUGCUUUAAAUCAUGUAUAUUUUACAAACAAUGAUCCAUUAGUUUCUGAAAACAUAUUUGAAGGCUUAAGUUACAAAUACCCACCGCGCAGAAUCCACACCAGCGACAAUGAUAUCUUAGGUAUUGGAAAAAUUGCACAGCAACAACAACAACAGCAGUUACAAACUCAACAGCAACGGAUGCAACAACAAUCUGUGCAACAGCAACAGAACAUUCAGCAAAAGCACCAAUCACAGCAAAUGCCACAAUUUCAAAUGCAACCAAAAUUCGCCUCACAACUUCCAAUGAAACAGCAACUGAAACAAUCACAACAAAAUCCGCAAUUAGUUCAACAACAACAACAACAACAACAACAACAGCAGUUACAAGAGCAACAGUUACAAAAACAAUUGUAUGAACAACAGGUUCUUCAAAUACAGCAACAACAACAAUUACAAUUGCAGUUGCAACGACAACAGAAACUGGCAGACCAGACCAAAGGACAAAAAAAGGUUGUACAACAACAACAACAACAAGUACUUGAUCAAAAUACACAAAUGCAACACCCUAUUUUGCAGCAAACACAACGAUUGAAUACUCAUCAAAUACGUCAGGCAAGACAAAUGCAACAUUUACAACGACAACAAACACAGCAAGGUAAUAUAAAUGGCUUGGGGGUCAAUAAACGUAUUUUAGCGGCGGCGGCUGCUGCAGCGGCUGCUGUCUCUGGCUCAGUAGGUCCACCAAGAAAAAAAAAGAAAUAA